AUGGCUUCCCAGGGCCACAAAACUGCCUUCUCUUCUGGCUCUCUCAAGGGUCUGUAUGGGGCAAGUGGGGGAUCCACACGAGUAUCCACAGUAUACUCUAGCAGCUCCUGUAAGCUCCCAAGUCUCUCUCAUGGGGGUCGGAGCUUCUCAACCUGCUCUGUUGGCCUAAGCAGACCCAGGUGUAGGACCGCUAGCUGGUUGCCUGCUUUCUGCCCUCCUACUAGUGGGUUCUCUUCCAGUUAUUCUGGGAUUGGAGGCUGGUUUGGUGAGGGCAUCCUAAAUGGCAAUGAGAAGGAGACCAUGCAGUUUUUGAAUGACCGCCUGGCCAACUACUUGGAGAAGGUGCGCCAGCUGGAGCGGGAGAAUGCGGACCUGGAGGGCAGGAUCCGAGAAUGGUGUGAGCAGCAAGUCCCUUACAUGUGCCCUGACUAUCAGUCUUAUUUUAGGACCAUUGAGGAGCUCCAGAAGAAGACUCUGUGUACCAAGGCGGAGAAUGCCAGGCUGGUGGUACAGAUUGACAAUGCCAAGCUGGCUGCUGAUGAUUUCAGAACCAAGUAUGAGACAGAGGUAUCCCUGCGCCAGCUGGUAGAGGCCGACAUCAAUGGUCUGCGCAGGAUCCUGGAUGACUUAACCCUGUGCAAGGCUGACCUGGAGGCCCAGGUGGAGUCCCUGAAGGAGGAGCUACUCUGUCUCAAGAAGAAUCAUGAGGAGGAAGUGAAUGUGCUGCGCUGUCAGCUUGGAGAUCGUCUCAAUAUAGAGGUGGACUGUGCCCCUCCUGUUGACCUGAACCGUGUGCUGGAUGACAUGAGGUGUCAGUAUGAGACAUUGGUGGAGAACAACCGCCGGGAUGCUGAGGAUUGGUUCAACACCCAGACAGAGGAGCUGAAUCAACAGGUGGUAUCCAGCUCAGAACAGCUGCAGAACUGCCAGUCAGAGAUCAUUGAGCUGAGACGCACAGUCAACUCCCUGGAGAUCGAGCUGCAGGCCCAGAACAGCCUGAGAGAUGCUUUGGAAUCAACCUUGGCAGAAACGGAAGGUCGCUAUAGCUCCCAGCUGUCCCAGAUGCAGUGCAUGAUUGGGAGCAUCGAGUCCCAGCUGGCUGACAUCCGCUCUGAUCUCGAACGCCAGAACCAGGAAUAUAAAGUCCUUUUGGACGUUAAGGCCCGACUGGAAUGUGAAAUAGCCACAUACCGGGGCUUACUGGAGAGUGAAGACUGCAAGCUCCCCUGUAACCCCUGUACUCCUGAUUUCUCACCCUGCAAGCCCUGCCUCCCCUGCCCCACAGCUGCCUCCUGCAGCCCCAGUGUGCCCCGCACGGCACCACGUAUGGUAUGUGUGCCUUGCCCUGGGGGCCGGUACUGA